AUGGCUUCUCCCAGCCAGACUCAAGGCUCAGCGCCAGCCACUCAACCUCUCACUCCUCCCGCGGAAUCUUCCACUGCGAACGGCAUCUCCGCCCCCGCCGCAGCCACCACAACCUCACAAGCAGUCGCGCCCACACCCGCAAACGCACCAACGACAUCAACAGCACAACCCUCACACGUCCCAGGGACAUCCCUCCAAGACAGCGGUAAAUCGCGACGCCCACGCGAUGUCCGCCUCGUGCACAUGCUCCUUGCCUCUCUCGGCGUAACAGCCUACCAAGACCGCGUCCCGCUCCAACUGCUCGACUUCGCCUACCGCUAUACCUCGAACGUCCUCCAAGACGCGGUACACCUUGCCACGGAAGGCUACGCUGCCGCAGUGGGCGAUAGUACCGGUGCUGGAAAGGGCGCACCGUCCGCUGAAACGAAUGGUGUUUCUCUCCCCGCGCUGCGACUUAGUAUUGCCUCGCGAUUGCAUUACCAGUUCCAGACGGGCCUGCCUAAGGAGUUCCUUAUGGAUGUUGCGUCGGAGCGGAAUCGUAUUGCGUUGCCCGGCGUGUCGAGAGGAUUUGAUGCCGCGGCUGGAGGUGCGAAUGGAGCUGCGGCGGCGGGCACGGCGAAUCAAAGCGUUAUGAUGGCGGGCAUGCGCUUGCCGCCAGAGCGAUUCUGUCUUACCGGUAUGGGGUGGAAUAUGAAGGAUGAGUGGGAUAGCGAAGGGGAAGAGGAGGAAUUGCCCGAUGCGCCGCAGCAGCAGAUUAAGGGUCCUGCUGCUGGGGGGCCGGGUGAGGACGAGGAAGGGGGGAUGAGGACGAUGGCGAUGGGAAAAUGGAGGAUAUCUUUGGUGAAGAUACCGCGAUGGGCGAGGCUGGUGAGGGAGACGAGGACCAGAAAAUGGGGGAUGCUUGAGGUGAUGGUCCUGGGAUUCGUUUUCUCUCCCUGUCAGGCGGCUGCUUAG